GCAUGACGCGUCAUAAUUUGAGGAGGACCGACAGCUCAGCGGCUAAAAGGGCGGUGGUGCUCCGCGAUCGAACAGCUGUGGAGAAGAGAAGGUAUCACCGGUGGUAACCAGGAUUAUUGCCGCCGUUCUACGACAACACAACAGAACGACAUUUGGUUGUUUAUUUCAAGUUGGGCUCUGAUUAUUUCUACGUGAUGGAGUUUCCGGAUUUGGGAGAGCACUGCUCCGAGAACACCUGCAAACGUUUAGAUUUUCUACCAAUGCGAUGUGACGCCUGUGAAGAGAUUUUCUGCAAGGACCACAUUACCUAUGCAAACCAUAAAUGCACGUCAUCCUACAAAAAGGAUGUCCAGGUCCCAGUUUGUCCUCUGUGCAACAUCCCCAUUCCCAUCAAGAGGGGAGAGAUGCCCGACAUUAAAGUUGGCGAACACAUUGAUCGGGAUUGCAAAUCGGACCCCGCGCAGAGGAAGAGAAAGAUUUUCACAAAUAAAUGUUCUAAAGGAGGCUGUAAGCAGAAGGAAAUGAUACGAGUUACCUGUGACCAGUGUCAUUUAAAUUACUGUCUUAAGCACCGGCAUCCACUAGACCACGAUUGUAAGACUGAUGGGAAACCUCUGUCCAAACCAGGACACUCUGCUUUAAUGAGGGCCCAAGGUACUUCCUCCACCUGCGCCUCAGCUUCAUCAGGUUCAAGACACUCUAGACCCGUUUCUAGCGGUGUCAGUGCCAACAGCAGAGGACACAGCACUGGCACUGCACAACGGAUUCCUACUUCCGUUUCAGCACAGAAUGUGAUUCCACCAUCCGCGUCGUUCCAGGCUGGCAUGACGGAGGAGCAGGCUCUGCAAAGAGCUCUAGAAAUGUCGCUGGCUGAGUCAAGACCUCAGCCGGACCUCACCCCUCAGGAGCAGGAGGAUCAGGCGCUCGCUCAGGCUCUCGCUGCCAGUGAGGAAGAAUUCAGGCGUCAGCAGCAGAGACAACAGGUACCCGGAAAGCUUAGGCGUCGGUAGCAUGCCGCAAGGAACACGUGGAGGUGAGAGAGUCCAAAUCGUCCAACUGCAGCCUUUCUUAAUCUCCGACCUCAGUUUGGACUUCAAGCUGUGCGACUCGUCUACUAGAACCUGCACAUCUGGAAUACAGAUAUCGGGGAUCGAUGAUUGUUUAAUGAAGAAAUCCUCUUGGAAGUUGCUGAGCUAUCACCCACUUCUACGCUACAAGCACACGCUUUCCCAGCUGGAUCUGUGAUUUUUACUAAAGCUCUGUACAUAUUUUAUAUGCUGAUCAUGAAACAUUAUAUUACCAUAUAUGGAUAUUGAAUAAAUUAUUUCAAAGAUGGGCCGUGA